UAUUCUCUUUCGCUUUUUCGAAAACAGUUUCUGAAUGACAGAAUACAAGCCUUUGCCAUGGAGGCAGCUUUUGAUUAUUUGUAUUUGUCGUUUUUCAGAGCCAAUCUGUUUUACUAUAAUAUUUCCCUACGUUGUGUUCCUUGUCCGUGAUUUUGGUAUACCGGAAGAGAGAGCUGGGUACUCUGUAGGAUGGAUUGCAAGCUCGUUCGCACUUGCUCAAUUUUGUACAGGCAUACCUUGGGGCAUGCUCUCGGAUCGUAUUGGUCGACGACCUGUAAUCUUAUUCGGAAUGACUGGUACCAUGAUCAGUAUAUUUUUGUUUGGCCUUAGCAAGUCUUUCGCCUGGGCCAUCAUUUCCCGUGCGUUAUGUGGAGUCCUGAAUGGAAAUAAUGGUGUCUUAAAGUCUAUGAUCGCCGAGCUGACUAUUGACGUUUCGGAAGCCGAUCGUGCACAAGCGUUUGCCUUACUUCCCUUCAUGUUUGGACUUGGGUCAGUCAUUGGCCCAGUCCUUGGUGGCUUUUUAGCAGAUCCUGUGAAGAACUAUCCAACUGUAUUUGGUAAUUUGGGCUGGAUCACUGAAUUUUUGACUACGUAUCGCUAUUUCUUGCCAUCCUUUAUCGCAUCCUGCAUCUGCUUCUGUGGGUGGAUCUUUGGAAUGCUGUUUUUAGAGGAGACCCUUAUGGGUAAACGCCCUCAAGACAAGAAAAAGAAACAAGAUGAAGAACAGAGGCUUUUGUCUCAGGGUGAAGCCAAUUAUUCGACUUUUCCUAACGGCAAGAAGCAUUCACCAACGUGCUCGCCAACCCCGACCAUUCAUGAAUCGGAACGCAAACCCACCUUCAGAGAAGCUAUCACUCAGCCUGUCAUAUUGGCGUCGACUGCCUUUGGAUGUAUUGCCUUACACGGAGUGUUCUAUGAUGAACUGUAUUCUUUAUGGCUAUCGACCUCUAGAAACAAUGGAGGAAUGGGCUUUAUUUCAAAGGAGAUCGGUGCUUCUCUUGCAGUUGCCGGUUUCAUGACUUUGAUUGUGCAACUAUUUAUCUGGCCACGACUAGCUGGCAAAUUUGGCAUCUUGAGAUUGUUCCAACUCUGUUUGCCUUGCUUUGCUGCUGUUGACUUCUUGCAAGGAUUUGUUCGCUACCUGUAUCAUGUUCCUAAUUUCAAUGGCGUAUACGAAACUAAACAAUGGGUCUGGGUUGGUCUAAUCGCCUGUCUUAUUCUCAAGACUAUAUGCUCCACUAUUGCCUUUACCUCUAUGAUGGUCAUUGUGAGCGACUCUUCACCUCGAAUGGAUACUCUAGGAGCAGUCAAUGGAUUUUCUCAAUGCGUUUCUAGUGGAUGCCGUGCUAUAGGGCCAGCAAUUUGCGGUAUCUUAUGGGACUAUUCCAAUCACGCCACAUGGAUUCCUAAGAAAGUUCGCCCCCAUGUUUCUUUCGGGGUUCUCUCCAUGCUUGCUUUGAUUACUUUCGCAGCCAGCUUGCGCAUUAAACCAAGUCACAGGUACCCGAAAGUGGUCGACCUAGUGGACGAAGAGCAAGAGGAAACUACAACAAGAAUAUAAAUGCACUUUUACAUUAUCAUUUCCCAAUCACUAGCAGCUCAUUCACUUUCUAAAGUUAGACAUUUUGCACACUUAACCUCACUUUCAAACAUCUUGCGUCAUCUAUUGCAUGCUUAACUAUAACAAAGUAUUAAUAAACUGAAACUAUCGGCUUAUUCCCACAUACAACCAA